CCUGGCAACAUACACAGUCGCUUUGUUAACGCUUCAUAGAGCCAAGAUGGCAGAUUUCGAGGAGCUCAGCGAUGAAGAGAAGGUGCGUAUUGCAGCUAAUUUUGUGAUGCACUCUCCCCCUGGAGAGUUCAACGAAGUCUUCAAUGAUGUGCGAAUACUGCUCAACAAUGACAAUCUUCUGCGAGAGGGUGCGGCACAUGCCUUUGCCCAGUACAACAUGGAUCAGUUCACUCUCGCCAAAAUUAUUGGAUAUGAAGAUCAGGUCCUGAUUACGGAGCAUGGAGACCUGGGUAAUGGCCGCUACUUUGACCCUCACAACAAGAUCUCCUUCAAGUUUGACCACCUGAGAAAGGAAGCCAGCGACCCCCAGCCCCAUGACGGCGGGUCAACUCUCAGGUCUUGGAGAGACGCCUGUGACUCUGCCCUGAGGGCCUACGUCAAGGAGCACUACCCCAGUGGAGUUUGCACCGUUUAUGGGAAAACUAUAGAUGGCCAGCAGACGAUCAUCGCUUGUAUCGAGGGCCAUCAAUUCGAGCCUAAAAACUUCUGGAACGGUUGCUGCCGGUCUGAAUGGAAGUUCAGUGUCUCGCAAUCUACGGCCCAAGUGGUCGGGGUUUUGAAAAUACAAGUGCAUUAUUAUGAGGAUGGAAAUGUGCAACUUGUCAGCCAUAAAGAUGUACAGGAAUCUCUGACUGUGUCUAGUGAGAGCCAGACUGCAAAAGAGCUUGUGAAAAUUAUUGAGGAUGCAGAGAAUGAAUACCAGGUGGCCAUCAGUGAGAACUAUCAGACCAUGUCGGACACCACGUUCAAAGCCUUACGCAGACAGCUGCCGGUCACCCGUACCAAGAUCGACUGGAACAAGAUCCUCAGCUACAAGAUUGGCAAGGAGAUGCAGAACGCUUAGAGGACAGAGGCUGUUUCGGGUUCCGACGAGCAAAAUUGGGGAGAAGCCGACGCUCGCGCGAACGUGUGCCGCAACCGUAACGUACCGUAUGUCCCGCUAAGACAGACUUUUGUUUGAGGGGGUUUAACAGAGAAUGACAGCUUCCGUUAUGCACUACGAGGAGACGCCUUGAUUUUACAAAGACGUUGAGCGAUGUCGCUCAUUUGCAAACUUUUUUUUUUUUUAAACAAAUAAUGCCUUUUUAGUAACACUGUGAAAGUUUGGUUAUUUCCCAAAUUCUCAGUCACACGUUAAACACACACACACACAGUUUGUGAUCCCUCAGUGUUUCAAAAUGGACACGCAAACCCCUCGAAUCUUCAUGUAGCAACUAAUUUACACUCUAUAACAUAACUGAUCUUCUUCGAGAGCUUCCAAUACCUCCUGUAGCUUCUUAAUAACAGGGCAAAUACUGUAUGCAAUUCGAUAUAUAUUAACUGAGCGGCACUUUAAGGCAUCAAAUUAUUAUUAUUAACAUCUAAAGGUCUCAUCUGUUUAGACAUAUGUGUCCCUCUGGAUAAAAGGUGGGAGCCAAAAGACAUUUGUUUCUUUCUAUAUUCAUUGACCAUAUUUUGUCUUCCUUCUUGAAUUCUUUCCCUUCUCCUUGUUGAGACAUUUUUGGUGAUAAUCCCUAUAUACUGCCCUGAUAUGGUAUUGGUGUCCUCCUGAAAGCUGUUUGCCUUUAGCUUUUGCUAUAUUUUUUUAUACAAACUGUAAGUACAUUUAUUGUUCAAGAAAUAAAAAUAUGCAAUGGUCAA